GUCACUCACCUCUUUAUAUUAAAACACACUCUCUCUCUCUCUCUCUCUCUCUCUCUCUCUCUCUCUCUCUCUCUCUCUCUCUCCUCUCUCUCUCUCUCUCUCUCUCUCUCUCUCUCUCUCUCUCUCUCUCUCUCUCAAAUCUGAUAUCACACGCAUCUUCCUCUAUUUCUCACUUGAUCAACUUGCAUUCUUUUUUUAAAUAAACAACAUUGAAGCUUUUGAUACUCUCAUAGCAGACAUUACCACAGCUUUUCAAUAUACUAAACUUCAUUGUUCUCAUCUUUCAUUACACACUCACACGCACCCUUUCUCUUAAUUAUUCAAUUACAUCCUCAACUUUCCAUUUUCAUUAUAAAUCUUCUUUUCUCACUCAAACAGAGUAAACACACUAAAAUGCAUACCAAAGAGAUCAUUCUAUCUCUUCCACAAAGGAGAAGAACUCCUUCUUUUUCUUCCAUUCUUCUCGACACCAUCGAUCAUUCUAUCGAUGAAUCCAAAACCGAUUUUAUUGAAGGUGUAAACCAACAUCAACAUCAGUAUCUCUAUAAUCAAACCACCAAACAUGUCAAAUUCAAUGAAAAAAGUGUUCAUUCAAAACAGAGGAUGAAUCUUCGUCAAGCUGUGAUGAUAGAAGAUUGGAUGGAGAAGAAUUCAAGUUCAAGCUCAUCAGAAUGUAGCUCUGGUGGAAUCUUUUCAUCCUCAGACACAGAUUCAUCUUACAAAAAACAAAGAUCAAGAACCAAAUACAAUCUACCCCAGAAACAUCAUAGCAAUUCAGAGAAACAACAACAACAACAGCAACAAAAACAGAGCAAGAACAAGAAUAAGGAGAAGCAACAAGGUUGGGAAGAUGGUUUUACAAGAACAAAGUUGAGAGCUUUGAAAAUCUAUGAUGAACUGAAUCAAAAAGUGAAGCAACCCAUUUCACCUGGGAGUCGAAUAGCUACAUUUCUUAGUUCCAUUUUCAAUUCUCAAAAUGUGAAGAAAGCUAAAAUGUGUUACGUUGGUGCUGUUGAAGAUGUUAGUUUUGAUCACAAAUCUAAGUCACCAUGUUUCUCUUCUUCAGUUUCUUCAUUUUCUAGAAGAUCUUGCAUGAGCAAAACACCUUCAAAAUCUAACAAUGGUGUUAAAAGAUCAGUGAGAUUUUACCCUGUCAGUGUAAUCCUAGGCGAGGAUGAUUCCGAACAACAACAUCAACAACCACCUACUAUUCGAAAUGUUACGAGAAAUUCUUCGGUUAAAGAGCUGAAAAAUACUAUUAACAAUGUUAUUAUGGCUAAAGAAAAAGCAGCUGUUAAGGGUGAGUUUGAUUUUAGAAGGUUUUACGAUAACAACGGUGAAGAUGAGGAUGAAGAUGAAGAUGAAGAUGAAGACGAUGACGAUGCUUUGAGUUAUUCGAGUUCGGAUUUAUUUGAGCUUGAUCAUCUGAUUGGAGGUGAAAGGUAUCAAGAAGAGCUUCCAGUUUAUGAAACAACCAAUUUAGAAACCAAUAAGGCCAUUGCUAAUGGUUUGUGUUUGUAGUUUUGUUAGAAGAAUAAAUCAAUUGUAAUUAGUAUUUCCAUAUAGUUUUGGGAGAUUCAAUUCAUUGUUCUAUUUUUCAAGUAA